GUUCAGUAGCAAGCAGUACGGUCGUCGCUGUAGUUCGUCAGUAUCAAGUACUACCGAUCCUAGAUUACUAACGAACCGCGAUUUUAUUACGAACGAAGGCAUUCGAUAUUUGAAUGUUAUCUUUUUAUAAAUAGGUGUUUUAGUGUCGACGGAUUUGGCGCAUUUUUAUUUUUACUGUGAUUAAGUGUUUUAUGGUGUGCAGUGUAGUGCGCUUCUAACAUACAGGAAUCCCGUUGGCCGGCACGAGUGUUUUACCAAAUGACAUGAAAUACAAGGAUGUUUACAAAGUGGCGACUAGUGUGUACCAACAGUCUUCAGACAUAUUUUAUGGGAUGACACACUGAGCCACCAUGUCGCAGUCGGCGCUGGGCGGCGAGCGGCGCUACUCCGUGCCCGCUCACCCAAUGAUGCAUCAGCAUGACCCACGCGGCAUGCACUCUGAAGAUCUGCAUGCCUGGUCUAUAUACAGGCAAAACCUGAAUUCUGACUUCACUGACAGUGCCCUGGGCAGCACUGAUAAGAGUCCUCUGCCAUAUGGAAACUUCCAACUUCGUGACACCACCGUUCAAUCAAUCCUUUCACAUCCUAGAUAUGGACCUAAGUCAGCCCUCGGUUCCAACAUGUACACGUAUCUUAAAUUCGGCCUACCUCGCGUGUUUCCACCUAACCACAACGGCUCGCAAAGAUCAGGAACACCCAAACCGAAGACAUCGAUUGGAAGUGGAAUGAAAUCUGUACCAAGAAUUCAAAGACAAAGUCGAGGAGUUCGUGAGACGUCUUCUGGCUACGAUAGUUCGGACAAUGAGACGUCAACGAAUUACAAAUACAGCCGAAAAUACCGAUCAGAUCCUGACUUCAGAAUGCAGAACCUACACCCUUCUUAUCAGCAUGCAACAGGAGUGCCGUUGGUUGCGAUGCAUCAAGCCGGUAUACACGGAAGAGAGUCACACUGGACCAAUUCGAGGCACAAGUCGAACAGUGAAGCAAACCUCCUCGGCAUUGACGCUAGACCCCAUAGAUCAUACAACAAUAGAAGAAACAGCGUUGCGGAUUAUGUCCCGGACAAUGAUCAUCAAAGCUACCUCAUGCCUUCAUCCCAUCUCGGUGGACGGAUGUCUAAAGCCGGAAGCCACAUGUCGGUGGCGCAGUCCAGGAAACAUUCCACUCUCAGACCAGGAGACCAUUUAGAUGGAUACACGCAUUCAGCGUAUAUCUAUCCCAACUAUUACGUUAAUAGCUUAGAAAUCACGUCGCCCGAAAACAAGUCAACGUUACUGGUAUCAGGGUUAAGUUUUGAAGUGAAAUCCGGGGAAAUAUUAGCUGUGUUAGCAACGUCACAACCUGAAGCCACCGGGCUGUUGGAUGUACUAGCUGGAGCCAGAAAGAAACUAACAGGAGAUAUAGUCCUCAACGGUCAGCCAGUCGCGUCGUCCACCUUACGCAAAGUAGCGGCGUAUGUACGGAAGGACACGUCGCUAUGUCCAGCCAUGACCGUUGAGCACACGCUGAGGUUCCACGCCGCGCUGCGGAAGCCGAGGCACAAUAACAACCAAAUGAAGAUGGAUGAUAGAGAUCGGAUAAACUUGCUAAUUGAAGAAUUAGGAUUAGAACAAGUACGAGAUACGAACGUAGGACGCCUAACCCGAUCAGAGAUUAGGCGGUUGAAUGUAGCGUGCCAACUUUUACUGGACAUGGCAGUUCUGAUCCUGGACCAACCCACUAAGGAGAUGGACAUUUUUGAUACGUUCUUCUUAGUGGAGUAUCUGAGAAACUGGGCGAGCACCGGCCGAGUUGUCAUUAUGUCCUUACACCCGCCUACUUAUGAAAUUUUCGCGAUGUUAACUAAGGUUGUUCUAAUAUCGGCUGGCCGAACGAUGUUCAGCGGAUAUAGAAGGGAUAUGUUGCCAUAUUUUGCCUCAAUAGAUUACCCGUGCCCUGCUUUUAAGAAUCCUUCUGAUUAUUAUCUGGAUCUCGUGACAUUGGACGACCUAUCAGCGGCCGCCAUGUUGGAGUCAUCGGGUCGUAUAGAAGCACUGGCGGGCGUGUUCGCCGGAGCGCAGUCCGCGCCCGAGCCUCCCCCGCCGGUGCCCUUACCCGCACCGGUCACACGACCGAAUGUGUUCCUACAGGCGUUUGCAUUGAUCGAAAAAAGUUUGCUGUACACCCAAAUGACUACAUUAUCGAAUGUAAUCACCAGAGUGAUAAUAGCAGCGGUUAUUUCUCUCGUCACUGGAACUAUAUUCUGGGAUCUACCAACUACAGACGCUAAGCUAACCCAGAACGACCGCAUCGGCUUCCACUACGCAGUCAUGUGCCUGUCCGCGUGGCCCAUACUGCUGUGGCUGAGCGCGCGGGAGGCGAGCUCGAUGCGGCGACACGUGGAGAGGGACGUCGCUGUCGGCCUGUACUCUAGGACUAUGUUCAUAUUGUUUGAUCAAUUCUUGGAAGUAUGGUCGGCGAUAUUGACGUGGUUAGCGUAUUUAGUUCCGAGCUACGCCAUGAGCGGCUUGUAUGCGCAGUCUCCGGCAUCGUUCGACGGAUUCUACAUUUAUUUAGGUUACAUGCUGCUAUACCUAAUAAGCAUACAAAUGCUGUGUCGUGCAGCGAUAUUCCUAGUGCCAAUGGAGAAAACCGCCUCAAUUAUAGCUGGUUUCUGCCUCUUACUCUCAACCCUAGUAAAUGGAGUGAUGCUACAUCAGCAGGACUUGCCCUCUUAUGUCAAGUGGUUGGAGUUUGCGUCGCCAUCUAGAUGGGCCUUGCCAGAGAUAUUGAGGAGGGAAUUGAGUGAAAUAGCUCUGAAGAGCAGCAUAAGCAAAGAUCUGAGGUGUACAAAUAAACAGAGGCAGCAUCUAGACAUAAUCAUACAAUCACCGUGUCCACCACCGAACGGCACACAAGUUUUAUCCAACAUCGACUACCUACGAUCCAACAAACUAUGGGAAUCUACUGAAGACUCGUUCCUAAUAGCUUUGGCAAUUUUCUACGCAGUUUUCGCUCUAGUCGCAAUGUUAGCUUUCGUAUUCGACUGUACGAAGUAUGUUAGGAGUAAGGAGAAGUCUUUGAAAAAAGGAUAUAAAGUAACUGUUAAUACUCCAUAGAUGUGGUGCUGUUCAUUCAAACAUUUAAGGCCGAUUCACACCAAUUGCAUAUACAGCAUAGAUGUAACUGCACGCAUUACGUCUACGUGAACGUUCAUGCCACGCAAGCGGUAUGCCAUGUUUCAUACAGUUCCAUACAUUACGAUGCAAUGGUAAGCGCUACGUCUACGCUUACGCAGCCUGUGUGAACGAGCUUUUAGGGCGAUUACGCACUCAUCCGACCCGAGCCCGUGAAAAUACGUUCUGAAGUAGUUAUAGAACCAUUUGUAUAGUGGCUUACGAACUACAUCCGAUAUUUCUCAUCCGAUCAUAUUUCUCAUCAGAACAUCUCGGAUGUGCCUCGGAUUAAAAUCGGACAUAUGACGUGAUAUGUCAAAGAUGAGAUCGGAUUAAUGCGUAAGCAAUAGGUAUCCGAAUUUGGUCCGAGUUUUUUAUAUCCGUAUUUUCACGGAUUCGGAUCGGAUGAGUGCGUAACAGCUCUUCUUGAUUUCUCUGAUUUUUGGUGCUCAUUUCUGAAAUUCGGUAGUUGACAGAUAUACCUAUAAUUAUCAUUUUUAGAGAAAUUAUAGCCAAUUUUAAUGCCUUUCUAUAUGUUAUUAAGGAAGAGAGGAAUUUUAAACAUUUAAUAGAAUAAUUUGAUUUAUUUCUAUGAUUGGCUGAUAAAAGCACGAUUGAAAGUUUGAGAUUUUUUACUCUGUAGUUUUGAAAAUGAAAUACGUUUGUAUGAAGUUAUCGUAUUUCGUAAAUGUUUUAAUUUUAUCAGAAUGGAAUGUAUUUUUUUUAAACUUAAUAUUUUAGUCAACUAUCUCAAUUCAGUGUUAGUGAUUUUAUUAUACUUUCGAAUACAUAUUUUUACUUUAAAAACCAUUUUUAAAGUCAGUCUCACAGCAUAACUGCAUUUUUGAUUCACUACAAACUAAGAUUUUUUUAGUUAAGUUAUUGCGUCUUGUAGACUUAAUUGUAGUGCUUAAUAGAAUCUUUUGAAUGUACUAGAAAUCUCGUAUGCUAGAGACAAAUGCGUGUUUUUGAAGGAUAUUUUGCGAUUUUAGAAAAUAGUUUUAGUUAAAUUUUUUGAGUCAUCGUAGUGCGAAACAUGUAGCAGUUAACAGUUUAAUUAAAACUAAAUAUUAUUAUUAAAAAUGAUAUUUAUCAGGUUCGCUUACGGCUAUGUAAACAUAAAACAAAAACUGAUUUUAGUUCAUUUUGACUAAUUUUAGUUUCCCUCUCGCAUUACUUUGACUCAACUAUAAUGUUAUUAUCAAUGUACAAAAUUAUUUCAUAAUUUAAGUAUACUUAGUCAUAAUAAUAAAUUAAGAAGGCUGAAUUCAACAUGUCUUCCGUCCAUAAUAAUAUUUACGUAAUAUUUUCUUUAUUUAUGAUAAAUUAAUGCAUGUAUCUAGGCAUUAAUGGUUUUUAAUUGUAUAAAUAUUUUUAUUUUAUGUACAAUAGGAAUGCAAAACGGUGUCUAUUAAAGUAAUAAGUUGAGUAUCACAAUAUUAGGUUUAUGCUUUUUCGUUAUUUUUAAUUUAAUAUCAAAACGAAAUAGUUUAAACUAUUUAACUUUUUAAGUUUUAGUUGCAAUGCAAUGAAUUUCACUAAGCAUUUUUAUUUUUAUGUCAGCAGUUCAUAAAAUUGUAAAAUGGUCCAAACACAAACUGAAAUAAAAUCGAUUUUAAAAAGUUCAUCUGGUUUUAAAAAUUAAAAAAGUUCACAAAUACUGUUUUUGUUUGAUAGUUUAAUCUUUUGUAAAUAUUUUAAGACCGAAUUAAAAAUUGGUUAAUAAUAAUUUUAUUAUUAUUAAAUAACACUGCCUUUGGAUAAUGCUCAUAAAAUUAAUCGUUCAGGAAGAGCCAAUAUGGUUGUACACAAAACUUAACUAAAAUUAGUUGUCAGGUUUAAAAGUUGUGACACUUUCUUUCAGAC